GUGCGGAGGACGCGACAUUUGCUGACGGGGCCGAGGUGAAGUGAGGCCCUGGUCAAGGAUCACCAGUUCUCUUCUUGCAUUAGUCCAUCUUACAAGGUGGGCUUCCAUGACAGUUUGGUGGCUGUUUUGGUCAGAUAAUGUCACAGAAAAUCCCAUAGGCAUAUGUGUAAUAUUAUUUUUAAGAGAUAAACCUCAGCGUGGUGUUCUGUCCUGUAUUCUAUCUAAAAAUAGGUCUUUUGUCUUCACCCAAUAGGUACUGCUAUUCACCCUUCAGUAAAAUGUGACAGAUUCAUUCAAAACAUCCUUGGGAUAUGCAUUGGAAACCUGAUGACAUACUAUAUUAGAUAGCAGGGUAGCAGAACAGCUUCAGCAAAGCUGUGGCCUGUCCUGAUAGCAGUAACCAUCGGUGUAAAGCUCAGUUUCCCAGUGUUUGACACAAUGGCAAACACUGAAGGUGUGUCAGGUGAUGGUAACACUUCUCCCAAGGAGAAUGUACCACAGCUGGGUACCAUUUCUGGGAGCUCUCUCAACUUGACCACCACUGACUCAGAGUCGGUGCACUCGGGCAUGUUCAACCCUGGUCCGUUCUUUGCCUCCCCUGGGAAAUCUCUGCUGGGGGAGUUCCUGUUCCCAAUCCAAGGCUACGAGGUGAUGGAGGCACGUGCCAAGUUCACAAUCUUCAAGAUCAAAGUGCAUCAUGUGGCUUCGGACCAGCGGUGGUUUAUCUUCCGGCGCUACACCGACUUCGCGCGGCUCAACAAGCGGCUGCGCCUGUCGUUCCCCGGACUGCGGCUAGCGCUGCCGCCCAAGCGCUGGUUCGGGGACAACUUUGACCCGUGCUUCCUGGAGGAUCGCAUUCUCGGGCUGCAGGCAUUUAUCACCAACAUCACCAGCCAUCCUGACAUCAGCCGGUGUGACGACGUGCGCCAGUUCUUCUGCCUGGACGAGCCGCCUGACCCGCGCGACUCGCUCGAGGAGAGCCGGCUGCUCUGCGAGUCGCUGGAGGAAACGGCCAGCUCGCACGAGCUGCUGCUGCAGCAGCGCGACCUGGAGAUCGCGCGGCUGCGCGCGCAGCUGGCGCUCGUGCGCCAACAGUACGACUUCCUGGUGGGCCGACUGCGCGGCGGCGCGGCGGCC